AUGGUUACACCAACGGUAAUGGGAAUGGUAAUGGAUACACCAAUGGCAACGGCUACAGAUACACCAACGGUAAUGGAAAUGGGAAUGGAUAUACUAAUGGCAACGGAUACACCAACGGGAAUGUGUAACGGUAAUGGAAACGGGAAUAGGUACAGCAAUGGUAAUGGUAAAAGAAACGGCAACGGUAAUGGAAAUGGGUUUACCAACGGAAAUGGGUAUAAGAAUGGUAACGGAAAUGGAUACAGCAAUGGAAAUAGAUAUGCUAACGGCAAUGGUAAUGGGAACGGCUACACCAACGGAAAUGGUUUUUUAUGGAAACGGAGGAGUUGGACCAGCCGACAUUCACCGGCGCCUGGGGAACGUUACGGCGCCGAGGCAGUUGAUGUCAGCGCAGUCAGGAGAUGGCUUCGUCGAUUCCGGAGUGGCGACGGAGAUUGGCUGAAUGGCGUGAAUGGCAAUGGAUAUACUAAUGGCGUGAAUGGCAACGGAGUUUACAGAAACGGGAACGGGAAUGGUGCAUAUACAAAUGGUAAUAGUGUAAAUGGGAAUGGCAAUGGUGCAUUUUCAAAUGGAAAUGGAGCUUAUGGAAAUGGUAACGGUGCAUAUUCUAAUGGGAAUGGUGGCAACGGUGUCUACACCAAUGGAAACGGUAAUGGAGGCUACGGAAAUGGCAAUGGAGUGACCGUGUACGCCAAUGGCGUUGUGGAUCCCUUCCGAGCUCUGGCCGAUGCCAUUGGCGGCGGAGGCGUCCCAGGUGUGGACUACCCCAUCCUGGCCUUCGUCCCCGCCACCGGCUUCUCCUGCAACGGCCAACUGCCUGGAUAUUACGCCGACACUGCUCCCGAGGCCGGCUGCCAGGUGUUCCACAUCUGUCAGGCAGGAGGCAGGAUCGACUCGUUCCUUUGUCCCAACGGCACAGUGUUUAAUCAGCAAUACUUCGUGUGCGAUUGGUGGUACAACUUUGACUGUUCCACGGCUGAACAGUUCUACGGAUUGAAUGCUGAGCUUGGAAAUAUCAACGGAAAUGGGUACACUAUGGCAACGGUUACUUCAACGGUAAUGGAAAUGGUUACAGUAAUGGCAAUGGUACGGAAAUGAUAUACCAACGGU